GGCCCUGGUGCGAGUGCCAUGCUCGUCCUCCUCUUGCCUCUCUUUACCCGCCCUCUUUCUGUCGCCGAGGAAGACGGAGACUAAAUUAUGCCAACUUUUCUCUUAAUCCUGCUCUAUCUCUCUCUUUCGAACGAAGCAUGACUGGGGCCUUUGACGUCCUCCCCUUGUAGACGGUGUUUAAGCUCCACACGUGACCUGUUAUGAACUGACCCCGUUAGCCGUGACAAGUGAUAAUAAGUGAUCUUUCUUCUCGGUUGUCCAGGCACGUAUGUUGUCUUCGUGCAAGAUCCCAGGCCACCGUAUGCGCAGUAGUGCCAGAGCCCCCCAGAGCAUCAGUGUGUUCUAGUUUAUGACCUUUUUUAAAUCGUCCCAAAGCCCCUCCUCCACUGCCUCACUGAGGACCGUCGGCGGAGAGAUGAACGCGAGCGUGAACGAGUCGGCGGGGCCCGCGAGCCUAUUCCCCGAGGCGCUUCCCGGCGACGCCGUCUGCAAAGGCGACGUGUGCAGGGGCAGCUUGUGGCACCCGGGCAUCCAGGACGAUCCGGCCACGAUACCCCGGUACACGCUGCAGGGCUUGUGGUGGCUGGUGUGGCUGGUCGGCGUCGAGUACGUGGCGCUAUGGUGGCAGGGCGCCCGUCUCCCGGACCUCCACGACAAUGUAAUGUCCCUGGUCCAUGGCACACUCUAUGAGGUUUCCAAACUUUUCGUUCGUGGGCUUGAAUACGGAGUCUACGUCUGGGCCUGGAACAAGUAUUCGAUUUUCCCGCCACUUGGAAAUUCUUUUUUCGAAGUUCUUUGCGUUAUCGUUCUUGUUGACUUCGGAUUUUACUGGUUUCAUCGAGCUAGUCAUGAAAUCAUGGUCCUGUGGGCGGUCCAUCAGGUCCACCACAGCGGCGAAGAGUUCACGGUGUCGGUGGGCCUCCGCAACUCCCCUCUGCAGAGGCUGUUCUCCUGGGUGUUCUACUUGCCCCUGGCCGUUCUAGGUGUUCCUCCCGCACACAUGUUGGCGCACGUUCAGUUCAGCGCCCUCUACCAGUGCUGGAUCCACACGGAAACCAUCAGGACCGUGGGGCCUCUGGAAUACGUGUUCAAUACGCCAGCGCAUCACCGAGUUCACCACGGCUGUAAUAAAUACUGCCUCGACAAGAACUACGGAGGGAUUUUCAUCGUCUGGGACCGCCUCUUCGGAACUUUCCAGCCAGAGCUACCGGACCAGGAAAUCGUCUAUGGAAUCGUCUACCAACCGAGUGCAUUUAAUCCUCUUUACCAUCAAGUGUUCUAUCUGGCGGGUGCGCUGAAGAAGGCUCGCUCCAUGAGCACCUGGGGAGAUUUCGUGGCCGCGCUCGUCAAGGGGCCGAGCUGGGCUCCGGGCUCGCCUUGGACGGGCUGGGAGGAGGACAAACUCGAUAGCGGCAGCCCCCUGGAGGUGUUCGUGUACAGCUGCGUGGUCGUCGCCGCCCUCACAUGCAUAGGCGUCCUGUACGAAGAUCCGCCGUACAUGCGGACCCUGGAGGUAGCCCGCUGCAGCCUCUGUCUGGCCCUCUGCCUCGCCCUGCCACUCGCUUGCACCUACUCCCUCAACCUCAUUACCUCUGUGUACGCGGCGUCGCUGCUCCUGUGGCUUCUCGCCCCUACGAAGGUGCUCAAAAACAAGAUCGAGUUAGCCCAUACUGCGUACUUCAGUUUGCUCAGAAUGGAACCAAAUUCCCAUAUAAUUUAUGGAGAUGUGUUUCCAUCAAUGUCACAAGUUCUCUUUGGGAACAAGAGAAGGCAGACCAAAACAUGUCAGUUGGACGAGAAAGAAUACUCGCUUUUCUGGAACUCUCAUACCACAAAACUAGUUGAAAUUCCUCAGCUCUGUUAUAUAUUUAGUGAUAUAUCCAAUAUAGCAGAGGCAGCUCUCCAUGAAAGGAGCGAAGAUGACCACUUAAGUUCAAGGGGCAGCAUGCAUGGCUGGGGGCCAUGGCAGUCACCAAGUGAGCAGGUACCUGACCUAGCACUUCUGAAGCCAUCUAUAUGCAAAACUAGUAAAUCAAAACCAGAGUACAUUGACACUCUCACAGUGUCAAUGGAUUAA